GCCCUGCCAGCCGGCCGGGGGCUCCACGCGGGGCCGCAACGGACAGCUCAGCCCUCUGAGCCGGCCCCACCCUGCCUGAGCUCGCUCCCUCCCGGCGCCUAGGGCCGAUGGCGGAAGCCGAUGGGAGCCCUGAGACGUCCCCGGACCAGCCAGCCGGCCAGGAGGCGGUGGCAGCGGUGGAUCUGGACACCGAGCCCGAGGCUCCCGGCCCGGCCGCUCCUGCCCUGCGCUGGCUACCCGGGGACCCAAGUCCCCGCGGCCGCUCCCAGAGCGACCUGUCGUCCGCCUCGAGCAGGGGCCGCCCGCUCCGGGUUCACAUCUCCGGUUCAGUUGAUGGACUAGACAAGGCCUCCAUAGCAAACUCGGAUGCCCCCCCAGCAGGUUCCCAGACGCCUCCCUUCAAGAGAAAGGGGAAACUCUCGACCAUUGGGAAAAUCUUCAAGCCUUGGAAAUGGAGGAAAAAGAAGACCAGUGACAAAUUUAGAGAAACCUCAGCAGUGUUAGAGAGGAAGAUCUCCACCAGACAGAGUAGAGAGGAGCUGAUAAGAAGGGGCCUGCUUAAAGAACUGCCUGAUCAAGAUGGAGAUGUAACAGUUAACUUUGAAAAUUCAAACGGGCACAUGAUACACAUCGGAGAGGAAUCUACCCAAGAGGAGAAUGUAGGGAAACCCGAAGAAGGGGAUGGCUCUGUGAGUGAGAAAACACCACCUCGAGAGGAAAAGGCAGAAGAUGAGACAGCUGGUUCUUCUCAUCCGAAGAAAACAACUGGCUCCAAAGCAUCUGCCUCAGCAUCUGCUUCCUCCACCUCCUCUCGUCCCAAAGUGUCCAAGGAGUCAGUUGCUAGCAAAACAGGCAUAGUGGGGACCACAAGGGGCAAGAAAAAGAUUGGCAAGCAGACGGCAGCGUCCCGACUGUCCUCCGACACCACCACUGCUGAGACAUCUAGUCUUAAAGGGGAGCCCUCAGACACUGGGCUAGAGAGUCUCAAACAGGAGGCAGCUGCUGGAGCUGAGGAGCAAGCCACAGGCAAAUCCAAGGCGACCAUCCUUCCACAUCCUGUGGCGCCACUGCCCUCCCCAUCUGGCCUGCCUCUGCCACUUGAGGAUCAGGGCAUUGUUGCCUUGGACACCCCCAUGGUCCUAGUCAGUGAUGGACAUACCCUGCCCGUCUCUGCCUUAGACCCGAGUCAGCUCCUUUGGACUGAAGAGCCGACAAGCAGAACCACUCCGUAUUCAAGCGCCGACUUAGCUGGCAGCAGAGAACACGCACAGUGUUUUGCAACCAAAGAUGAGUUGGGAAAGGCUGGACCUCAAUUGCUGACCCCCGGGCAGACAGGAGACUCUUCAGAAUCCUUCAGUGCCCCAGAGGAUGAGACACCAAGAGAGUACCAAUCCAACGACUCUGACUCAGACGGACCCAUCUUGUACACCGAUGAUGAUGAGGAAGAGGAUGAUGAUGAUGACGGCAGCGGAGAAAGUGCUUUGGCAAGUAAGAUACGCCGAAGGGACACUCUUGCCAUCAAACUUGGCAAUAGACCAUCCAAGAAAGAACUGGAGGACAAAAACAUCCUGCAGCGAACAUCUGAAGAAGAAAGGCAAGAAAUAAGACAGCAGAUCGGGACCAAGCUGGUCAGGAGACUCAGCCAGAGGCCAACAACUGAAGAAUUAGAGCAAAGAAACAUCUUAAGACAAAAGAAUGAAGAAGAGGAGCAAGAAGCAAAAAUGGAACUCAAACGGAGACUCAGCCGGAAGCUCAGCCUAAGACCUUCUGUGGCAGAGCUACAAGCCCGAAGGAUCCUGCGGUUUAAUGAGUAUGUAGAAGUCACGGAUUCUCCGGACUAUGACCGCCGUGCCGACAAGCCCUGGGCCAGGUUGACACCUGCAGACAAGGCAACAAUAAGAAAAGAACUAAAUGAAUUCAAAAGCACAGAAAUGGAAGUUCAUGAGGAGAGCCGACAGUUUACAAGGUUUCAUCGUCCAUAAUGAAGUGCGGGACUGCUCAGAAAUAUAAACUGAUCAUCCCUGGCUGAAGUCCUGCUUCCUGAGACCCCGAAAUUGCACUGAGAUUUGAACGUGGAUGUUUCCGUUUCAUUGUGGUGAGGGAGGCCUGUGACUCAGCUUUCGUUGAGAAUGCUCCUCACCUGGACAGCCCAGACAAGGCCAACAAGCUGAGAGCCAGACGCAGCAAGCCUGCCUGCCCAGGAUGUGCACUGAUGGAAGAGGCACUCUGGUUCUCUCAGCUGAUUUUCCUCAGACAAUUUAAUCAAAGAAGACAAGCAGAAGACAAUCGCCAGUUCGACUACCGGAAAGCCAAAUGGUAUAGUGUGUGUAGGUUCGCAAACAAGAGACAUUGGAGUUGCUGGUGGUCACCCCCAGCAGGGUGGGGGCUAAAAAGAAGGAGAACGGUUUCAUUAUGUUAAUGAAGAAAAGAAGAACGAAGAUAAGUAUAUUUUUGAAGUAGGCAUUUGGUAGCUAAGAACUUACGAAGGGAUUUGGGAACCUACUCACCCAGUGUGGAUUCCUUAAAGACUUGAUUCCAGAACAUAUAUUCUUGUUUCACCAAUAAGUUGGUUCUGUGUAGUACCAUAUUUUUUAUGUUGUGCCAGUGAACCCAGUUGCCAGAAACAAAUCUGUGUAUGCAGUAAGUGCGAGAAGCCUCUACCAACUCUUACCAAGCAUGCUCGCUCGCAUUGUGUUGCCUGCUUCCAGUGGCCCGCGAUCCACGUGACAUUUUCUUAGCCUGCUUUCCUAAUCAAUGAGCCCUCUCCAAGGGUAACAGAGAUAAGGUCAGAUAUAAUGUGACUCUGAAAAACUGUUGCAGGCUUUAGAAACAAAUCUCCUGAUUGUUCCCUGUCUUAAUUAUCUCCCAAGUCAGGAAAGCAUUCAUUACCGAAAGAAGAUUAUAUGGACAAUCACGAUACCCUUUUGAAAAACUCAGUCCAGAGUUGCAACUUAAGCAACAUACAAGUGUGUGUUCCCUGCUCUUAAGUUCUAAAGGGGAAUAAAUAAUAAUAAAAUGCCAGGUAGUUUUGAAUGCUGCAUUAAAAAUAAAAGAGUUAGGUUGCUGCUAUUAAAAAAAAUAUCAAGCACAUGGAUUUAGCAAAAAUACCCUAAGACUUUCAAGGAACACAGAAAAUUGCUGGUUUAUGUAAAGGAAACUUUACCUUCUAUGCUGAUUCUGUAGAUCGCAUCCAUACAUACAGUCUUUACUCCCCAUGCCAGAGAAGCAGUGAGAUACAGUGUAAGACGGUUUCCCGAGAGCCUGUAAUCAGUAGUGUUUACAUUGAGAAGCUUCCUCCCUUAAAUUGCCCUUCUCUGCGGUAUCAGGCCAGCACAGAACCCCAGAAGGGCUCACUUGUAAAUACUCCCCUAAAUUUCAUUGUCCCUUAACAAUUGUUUUGGGCCACCUGGAUUAAAAGCAUGCCAUAUUGUGUUUUCAAAAGAGAAGACAGAAUCUGUAUCGUGUCUGUCUUACUCUCCGAUCUGAAACGAUAUCUGUUCUGAACCAUUCCUGCUUCAGAAUGUGGAAGCCUGUAAUUUUCUAUCUCUGCUGAGAAGUCAGCAUUUAAUCAGUGGAAUAAGUGCAGGUCCCACCACUCUGUGGUAUUGGGAAGAACCACUGGAAAUUUGAUGAUUUCAUUUCAAAGUAAAAGUGGUUAGCUGCAGUUGGCUUAUUAUAAGAAGCCGGGAGGAUCAUUCCGUGAGGUAGCCAGCAUUAUUGUCCCCUGAACUGCGCUUAGCUGUUUGCAUUAAUAAAACAAGGCUGCCAUUUACACUGGUCCACUAACGGCAUAGGACAGGCUUUAAUUUUGAAAUAGUGUCUGUGUGUGCCCUGGUAUUUGUCUUGGGUUGAGGGCUCGUUCAUUUGGUUGUUUGCAGUGCACUGCACUCUCCAGGAGCCCUGAGCUGCCCUCCCAGCCAUUGGUUGCUUCAUAGUGUCUCAAUUCGACCAUAAAAAUUAACUUCUUUCUCGUUAAUUGCAAAGUAGCGUUACUUUAUGAUAUUAUCAUGUCAGUGUCAUGAGAAAAAGGCCAAGGCAGAUAAUGUUUCUUUUUCUAUGCGUAUAACCUUCGAAUAUUUUACAACUCCUAACCGCAUGUUCUCUGUACAUUGUAAAUGCAAGACUUGUGCACCAGUUUGUCCUUCAAAGUGUGUGUCAUAGAAAGUUUCCAUGUGGUUGUUAAAAAGAACAUCGUUUCUCCCUAUAGUGGUCUGAAUUACAGCUUUUACUUUCCACAAUGAUACUCGCCCACUGCAGAACACAAACUGCCUCUCAUGCUGAAGCCCCCAGUUCAGUCCCCAGUACCGCACGGAUGAAAGCCUGUUUUCCUGACAUAAUCUGUCACAUCUAUGAACUACACAGACCUUUCUUCCAUACUGACUCAUACAUUUACAGAAAAUUUUUAAGUUAGGGAGAAGUUUAAAAAGCUAAAAGAUUAACUACCAGUAGUCUAAUAUUUAAGUAAUUAGGAUGACCUGUUAGUUCAUUGCAACGAUCUAUUCAUUUUUUAAAAGCCAUGGAAAGAAUUAAAAUAUCAUGAGCCAAGCUGCAGCGCUCAGAAUAAGUCUCUAUUUUCACGGUUAAUUUUUAAAGACAGAAAAAAUGUAAAGGCUGCAUAACCUCACUAGCAUCCCCACAGAAGCAAAGCAGCCACGUCUCUCUCUCCCUGCAAUUAUGCCUCUGCCCUCCGCCAGCGUUUCUGCAGCCCAGCCAGCCCGCCACUGUCCCUAAGACGAUAAAUGUGUGCAGAAAUCGGAGUUAUUUCUUGGUGCAGUUGUAAUAUGGUUCCAGAGCCUGGAGAUGGAGAAACGGAGGGAAUUUUCCUGACUCCUGAGAUAGAAUGAAGAAAGAAAAUUAGCCCAUCUCAUGAAAGGUCCCAGGCAAGAAAGAACUAGACCAAAUAUAAAAUACAAAGUGGCCAUUUCUAUCUUGGCUUUUAACGGAGGAGAGAAACCCUGUUGGUCUGAAGGUAAUGCUAAAACACUAAGUCCCCUUCAUUCAGCAGCCUCACAGUCAUUACCAACCAAGGUGAUAAAAAACAGUCCCUUAGUAGGCGUUCAUCUGGGGCAUCUUGGCUGGAGAUUUCGGACCCAUGUGAAAUGCCUUGUGGUUUUGUGUUAGCUGUCAUUUACCUUUAUGUUUAUUCCUUCAAUCAUUUAGCUAAAGUCUGCAAUAUUCAGAGAACCAUCCUGGGUAUUUGAACAGCCAUUAAUUAAAAAGGGAAAAGCAAACAGACCGGGUUCUCUGAUUUACCCAGAAAAGCUGCCUUUUUUUUUUUUUUUUCGUUUCUUUUUCCCAUCCUUAUUUGCAAAAUGAAGGCAGUCACUUACUUAUCUGUCUCUGGUGUCAGGAGGAAAUUCUGAAAUUUAAUUGAAAAUAGACUUAAGGAAAUAGAAGACUCUAAUUGCUCCUCAAGAGUCACCAAAUAUUGAAAACGAGUUGUGAGCCUUUAGAACCUCUGUUAGAUUUGUAGCUCAUGAUUGAUUCAGUGACACACUGGCAUUUUAAAACAAAAAAUACAGUAGUUUGUCCCUGGGAGAGAAAGAAAUGUGGGUUAGCGCAUCCACCCCACAGCAUCAAAGGACAGACACGCCUGCCAAAGACGAAGCCGUAGGCACAGUAGAAAGAGGCCAGUCUGCCACAUAGCAGUAUGCAUUUGAACAGCACAGUAUUUUCUUUUUCUUCAUCCCCUGCUCAGGCAGUCCAUCCUGUGUUAUCUGUGCGUGGUCCUAGCAGCCUAAUUUAGAGUAGUAAACUUUCUUUAGCAGUGAGACAGACUUAAGCUAAUCGGAGAUAUAUGAACUCAACGUCAUUUUCAUCAGUAUAGUGAAUUUGUUUAUGCAUUCCUAAAUCCUCACUUUAUUCGCUUAUCAUUACCAGUACAAGAAGCUGUGGUUGGAUAUCAUCACUCCUUCCCCCCGCAUCCGCAGAAUAUACAGAUUGACCCUUCACCCCUUAAAAUGAUGGAUUCUUUGUUAGGAUUUGCUGUCUACUAACUGGUGAUAUGUUUCCUUUAACAAAGCAGAAUGAACCUUUAGAAGAUAUGGGCCGGAGUGGGAAAAAAUAAGCAAUGGUCAGAUUAAUGGGAACAGCUUCCUGAGAGAAAGUGCAUGCCUAGGCAACUCAGACCCAAGUUCCAAAGAGGGACUCUAGGUUCCACUACGGAGGCGAGCAUCCCCAAACCACUCUCCUUUUUGCUUUCUGUUUACCGUUUCUAAUUGUAAGCUUAAACACGGUUUCAAAGCUUGAACCACUAUUAGUGUUUCUAAAAGGCAACUGUAAUAGAGACCAACUAUUUUUUUUUUGCUAUGAUGAUAUUUUGUUUUCUGUUUUGUUUGAUUUUUUUUUUUUUUUUUUUUUUUUUUUUUUUGUGGACAGCUUCAUCCCAAAUGAACAGAUCUUAUUUUUACAUAUUGUAAGGAUUUUGGCAAAGAGAUGGAGAGUCGCGUAGCUGCUAUUCCUACAUAAUGCCAAUUUUUAGCCGUGUUGGGUUUUAACGCAGGAAAAUGCCAUUGAGCUUGUUGCUCCUCUGCAGCAGCUGCGCAUGAACAAAGAACUGUUGAUAGAUGGUCCCCAGUGGGGGUGCUGCUGGCAUUUGGAUCUGGGCAAUUCUUUGUCGUGCUGAAAUGUACCACAUGUUGCAAGAUGUUCGGUAUCCCAGGCUCCUAGCGACUCAACACCAGGAUUGUUCCCUGACAUUGUAAAAACAAAUAAAAUAAAAUAAAAAGCCUUCCCUGUAUCUAUACACCUGCACAGAAGGGUGCACCCCCCCACCUGAAUAGCACUGUCUACUAAGGACACACAGGGGAAAGUGCCUGUCUCCGAAUAUCAUCUCCACUGCCUUGCAUGUCUCUUAUCCACUUCAAGCUUUCUGCUUAGAUGCAGCUUAAAUUACUCUGUUCUCUAGGAGAGAGGGUUGCCAGGCAGUGUUGUCCAUUACAGUGGGCAGAGUGACCUGACCUGAUGCUUGUACGUACUUCGGGGCGGGGAGGGGGGUAAUACGUGAAGCAAGCUUUUGUUCAUCACUUCAGAACUAGACUGCUGGCCACAGCAACACAGUAGUGGCUCUGAACAAAACAGAUGGCCUUUGGAAGGUCAGAAUUAGCUUCUACCUGGUAACACCACGGACUGGUUCGCCUCUCUUCCUAUAGACAGCACAGUUAAUUCACAUGGAAGUUUGGAUUCCCUCGUGUAAACAAGCCCAUAUGGUUCGGCUUCUCUAAUAAGAGAUGCAAAUAGGACAUGGUGGCAGAAAUGUGGGUUAACUGGAUCGCACGCAUAGUGCUCACGCCACAGAGCCGAGGCUAUGCAGAGUAAAGUGAGUUCUCUCCCCGGUGCAGCGCAAUCAACCUGCGCUAACCAUACGGAAGCAUACUCUUUAUGCCACUGAAAUUUAAUAGUCAAUAUGUCUUGGAAAAUAUUUAGAUGAAUUGCAGCUAGCUGCAAGGAUGGAAUUAAUUCCCCCCACUCUAACCUUUUUAAUAUUAAAAUCUAAAGACACUUUGUCUUGAAGCAGAGCAGCUCAGAGUCAAUAAAGGUGGAUAUAGCGUAAACCUAUAGAUGGUGCCUAAAAAUUCUUAUCUUUCUUAAUAACAGUAUUUUUUAAGAAGAGAAUAAAUUGAAGGAGUAAAUGAGGCAGCAUGCCACUCCACCCUCAGGUCAAUUUUGAGGUUUAUUAAAAUGCCAAUAAUAUUUGUGCCAUUUGCCAGCACUGGGGUGGGGGAGGGAGCUUUUCCCUUUAUGGAUGUUCUUGAUUUGAUUUUUGACUGUAUCAUUAUGUUGCGUAGAGAGCAUCCGCCAUGAGAAAUUGCCACUGCAGUGCUAACUAGCAUUUGGAAGGAAUUAGCAGGAGUUGAGGGUCAAACCACUUUCAUCACGUACGCUAUAGGCACUAAUCCCUUAGUAUUUCUUCUGUGACUUAGACAUGUGCCGAUGUAGUCAAAGCGCCCUGCACAAAAUUGACCCGUGAAAUACCUGCUGAAAAUUCUCUCUCUUUUUUCCCCUAAGUAACAGUGGUUUUUCCAUAACGGACUGUCUGUGUUCUCGUGUCAUUUCAAGCUUUGGUUAAAGUGAUCGUGACAGUAAACUGUGAUCAUUUUGAAACUAGCUGGGUCAGUCUCCCGUGCGUGACCCAAUCUUUUGCACAGGUGUGCUUUCUGUGGGUGUUAAUAACUGGAACUGUACCUGAAUAAACACGACAGUUUCUCCUUUCGGUUGGUCUUAAUCCGUACUAUAUUAUAGUAUGUGGGUCUGACAGCUGCAAGUAUACACACCGAAACAUAUGUAUUCCACGAUUGUAACCUGAAAGACCAUGUAUUAUCUUUUGUAUUCCAUAUUGGUGUUUGUGUUAUUUAAAGUGGAAAAUUAUACUCUAUCUAGUAGUAUAAUAUAAUAGACUAUUUCGCUGUGCACAGUUCCAAGUGCCUUAGAACAUUGUUUAGCUUUCCUAAGUAUAUGUAUAUGCAUAUAUGUGUGUAUAAGUUUGGAAGUGUUACCUCAAUAAAAUCGU